UAUUUGGAUUCGCUUCUGCACCUUGGCAUAGAAGAAGAGGAUCAAAAUGGCGGAGCGUGGCUACAGUUUCUCUCUCACCACAUUUAGCCCUUCAGGUAAACUGGUCCAGAUUGAAUAUGCGCUGGCAGCUGUAGCAGCAGGAGCCCCUUCUGUUGGCAUCAAAGCUACAAAUGGAGUUGUCCUGGCCACAGAGAAGAAGCAGAAGUCCAUCCUGUACGAUGAGCAGAGUGUCCACAAAGUGGAACCCAUUACCAAACAUAUAGGAAUGGUUUACAGUGGUAUGGGACCUGAUUACAGGGUGUUGGUGCGACGAGCCCGGAAGCUGGCACAGCAGUACUAUCUGGUGUAUCAGGAGCCAAUUCCUACAGGCCAGCUUGUCCAGAGGGUGGCAUCUGUAAUGCAGGAGUACACACAGUCUGGUGGCGUGCGUCCAUUUGGUGUGUCAUUGCUGAUAGCUGGUUGGGACGAGGAUCACCCCUACUUGUUCCAGUCGGAUCCUUCUGGAGCAUAUUUUGCAUGGAAAGCCACAGCCAUGGGAAAGAACUACGUCAAUGGAAAAACAUUCCUUGAAAAAAGGUAUAACAAUGACCUGGAGUUAGAAGAUGCCAUUCACACAGCGAUCCUAACACUGAAGGAGAGUUUUGAGGGUCAAAUGACAGAGGAGAACAUCGAGGUGGGAAUCUGCAACGAGGCUGGGUUCAAAAGACUCACCCCAGCAGAGGUGAAGGAUUACCUGGCGGCCAUCGCGUGAACACAUCCUCCCAGAUGGGGCACCUGCCCCUAUUUCAAAAAACAAAUUUAGUAGCGCAGUAGCCACUAGUCACAAGAAACUUAAGGUUACAACCACAAUUUCAUCACCAUAAUCAAGAUCCAGGCACUCUAAUGACUACUUUUUCUCAGUGUCUACAGAAAUGUAUUUAUACCUGAGAUAAGCCAGAAUAACCAUCCUUACCUUAAGACAUGCUAUGUUAUGUGACAAUUGGCUGCUGUGCAAACUAAAAGCUUUUUUUACUCUGACAAAAAUCUCAGGUGUUCCACUGAAUCUUCAUUUUCUUGUUGCCCUUAAUUUUUUCAAAGGAGUUUGGAGACACUCCAUUUGUGUAACAAAUUUUGUUGAAAAUAUGUACAAACACACUUAGAAAUCAUUAAAGUCUAAGAUUAUAUUUCUUGCCUUUUCUUUUUUCCAUUAACAUUUUUAAUUGAAAUAAAAAAA